AUGUCGCCUGCUGCUCCAUCGAUGCCGCAAAGGGAUCUCGAUUCAAGCAGAAAUAGCGCCUCCCAUAGCAUUGCGGAGGAGGAGAGGGCUUGGCGAACAGUGACGGGUGGUGGUGGAGUCGGAAGCUCAUCAGCUCUGAGUCCAAACGCUGCUGCUGCCAGCUCAUCUGCAGUCAGGACGGGCAUAUCAGGGGGCGGAAGGAGCGAUGUAGACGAUGAUGCCCUUGAUGAGAUCAGACGUUACGAGUCUGUGAGUAAAAGCCGAUUCCACGCUUCGUAUGCAUACAUCCAUCUCUAAGCGCGCUGGCUUGCCAAUAUUCUCUCUCGCAGUUUUCAACGGUAGAUUGGAUCGCUGAUUCUCGAAGAGAGCGAGCGCGUCUAGCGCGCCAGAGGCUUGCGGAGGCCAAACUGCAGUCCGACCUUCACGGACUACAGAGCGGAGGAAGUACAGCUUGGGGACCUCAGAAUCGCUUCAGAGGCAAUGGCGGGUUCGCUGGCGGGAGGAUACCCACGUGGUGGCCCGAAGGGCCGUGGGGGAGGAUCGCUUGGAAGUGUUGGCUGCUCAGCAAACAAGCUGCUAGAGGAGCCACAGAGAGCGCGGUAGUCGUCGGCGUCGGUGAGUGCGCCGUGAGAGCUCCCUUUGCACUUGAAGAUGAUGCUAGCAAAACGCUCCCAGGGCAAUCUGACCAAUUGACCAUCUUUCUCGCGACAGGCGUCUUGAUUGGCGUCAACAUGGCGGUCAUUAGCAUAGCUACAGAGUGGGCGUCGGACAUCAAACAAGGUUACUGCAGGUCUGGCUGGUGGCUCAAUCAGAAGUUCUGUUGCUGGGAGAUGAUGGAUCCGGCUGGACCUGGCGGAUCGGCAAUCCCCCCUCCAGCUGUCAAAACUGCUGCUACCGCCGCUGCGACGUCCUCACCUAGCUCUAGUGCAGCGCAUGCGGCCUUAGCGAGGAUGGCAGAGCAUGCUGGAAGAGCCGUCGGACUGGUAGCGAAUGCUGGACUUGGAGAGUUGGAGAGAAGAGCUGCAAAUCCGGAUGGAGGAGACUUGAGCGAAACUUGCACAGAUUGGAUUCCUUGGAGCACUUGGACUUUGCCGGCAUGGAUCAUCUACGUGCUGUUUGCUGUGAGUGUUCGGAGCAGAGCAACGCAAGAUGUGAGCAUAUACUGAGCCGGUUUGCUGUGAUCGUCAUUUGGCCCCAAUAGGCAGGUCUCUCGGCGCUUUGUGCACAUCUGGUACGCUCCUUUGCCCCUUAUGCUGCUGGACCAGGCAUCGCGGAGAUCAAAUGCAUCUUGGCAGGCUUCAUCAUCAAUGGUUUCCUUGGCUUUUGGACUUUCUUGAUCAAGAGUCUGACAUUGGUAAGCCGCAUCGCUUCAAUGCUCGUAGCAUCAGAUAUAGAACAUGGUUGGCUAAGCGCUCGAGCUCGUCACCUCUCCAGCCUCUCGCCAUAGCAUCAGGUCUGAGCGUGGGCAAAGAAGGGCCUGCUGUCCAUGUGGCUUGCUGCAUCGGCAACAUCGUCGCUCAGUUUGUCCGGUCUUUUGAUCGCAGCCAGGCGAGAAUGCGUGAAUUGCUUACCGCCGCUAGCGCUGCUGGUGUCGCCGUCGCUUUCGGCUCGCCUAUUGGUGGAGUACUCUUCAGUCUCGAGGUGAGUGUAAAGUGGUGAAUGCAGGCCAGUUGAGUCGUAAGCCAUCCAUGGCUGACUGGGCUUCCGCAAAUACCUCUCUGGCUCGCCCAGGAAAUGGCACACAACUUUCCGGCGUCGACAAUGUGGAGAUCGUUCCUCUGCGCUCUGGCUGCUACUGUCGCGCUCUCUUUCAUGAACCCGUUCCGGACUGGCAAGCUGGUUCUUUUCCAAGUCUCAUACGAUCGAGAUUGGCACUACUUUGAGAUUCUCUUCUUCUCUCUCAUUGGUAUUUUCGGGGGAUUGUACGGCGCCGUGGUCAUCAAGUACAACCUUCAAGUCCAGCAAUUCCGACGAACCAAUCUUGCGGCACAUGGUGUCGCCGAAGCCGUCGUGCUAGCGACGCUGACAGCCUUCGUGGGCUACUGGAACAAAUUUUUGCGCAUUGACAUGAGCGAAAGCUUGGAAAUUCUUUUCAGAGAAUGCGAAGGGGGAGGAGACUACGAUGGUCUCUGCCAAGGCUCUGCGCAAUGGAGGAUGGUCAACUCUUUGCUCAUCGCUACUUUUUUGAGACUUGGCUUGGUCAUUUUGUCCUACGGCUGCAAGGUCCCAGCCGGCAUCUUUGUGCCUUCCAUGGCUAUCGGUGCCACUUUUGGAAGAAUGAUUGGCAUCUUGGUCAAGGCGCUCUACACGGCUUUCCCAAACGCGGCGUUAUUCAGCGCUUGCGAGCCGGAUGUCCCGUGCAUAACGCCUGGAACGUACGCUUUCCUGGGAGCUGCGGCUGCCCUUGCUGGUGUCACUCGAAUCACUGUGGCGGUAGUGGUCAUCAUGUUCGAGCUCACUGGCGCUCUCACUUACAUCUUGCCAACCAUGUUGGUAGUGAUGAUCACCAAAGGAGUGGGAGAUUUGUACGGCAAAGGGGGGAUUUCGGAGCAGACAAUCAAGUUUCAAGGAUAUCCUUUCCUGGACAAGGAUGAUCACGUCUUUGGGCUGCCCGUAGGUGACAUCAUGACGCGCUCUCCGGCCUGUUUGAACGGCAAUGAGAUGCAACUCUCUGAUGUAGAGGCGCGUCUGGCCGAGGGCGCGUACAAGGGUCUACCAGUCGUUCGCUCGACCACCGAUUCCACGCUUCUAGGAUAUGCGGGCAAGACGGAGAUGAGGUACGCGAUUGCUAAAGCGAGACGCACUCGGCCCAACCUGUCCGACGACACCAAGUGCAACUUUACGAGCGACGCGGAUCUCCUAGACGCGAAGGACACUGCUGUCGAUCAGCAGCACCUGCCCACUCCGCUUUUGGAUCGAUUCGAGGGCAUACAUGCCGAGGAGCAGGCUCGUGAAGAGCUGUUGGAAGGCGCGGAGAGAUCCCUGCUAGGCGCACAUGGCGAAGAUGACGAUGAGCUUGAUGAAGUGGACGAGUCCAUGGAUCAUGAUACGCUCGAGCUUGGCGGCUGGAUGGAGCAGGUUAGUGUUUGCCUUUUCUCACUGACCAAGGCAUGCCUUUUCGCGUAGGCUGACUGUACCACCGACUGCACCCCAGACACCGCUGUGCGUGCAGCCCUCGAUGCCACUUGAAGUGGUCAUGGACCUCUUCAAGAAGAUGGGCCCGCGCGUCGUUCUGGUCACACGUCUGGGACGAUUGGUCGGCCUAGUGACGGUCAAAGAUGUCCUCAAGCAUGUGGCAGCACAAGAGCAUGAAGCGCGUCGAGGCGCGUCUUCUUCUUCUGCUUCCUCGCCGAAUCCUGGAGGCGCUGGUGCGGAAGAUUCCAUCUUUGGAGGCGAUCUGGAAUUGGCUCUUUCGGACCUGUACGCGUGGACUAGACGCGUAUUCAAACCCUUGAGUGUUAGGGUCAGUCGAUUUGUGGAUGAGCGAUCUGGUAGGAGCACGCGCAAUUAUGCGAGCGUCAGAGGAAACGAGUUGCCGCUUUCUCGCGAGCUGCCGAACGAGCCCAAUCACUGGGUUGUCGGGGACGAGUGA